CACAAAUAAGCAUAGCUUAGUUGUCAACAUAUUUUGGGAAAAUCUGGGGAUUUCUUGGGUCAUAGGUGCAACUCACUGAAAAGCUUUUUCUUUCCAGAGAUGCUGUCCAAUCCCAAGCUUCUACUGGUUCAGGGGACUUUGAAUGUGGUGAUGAAGCAGAAUGUGACCCUCUCCUGCCUCUCUCAGGCUGGAUCUCCACCUUUCAGAUACACACUGUUCAAGCACAACCAGCAGGUAUCUGCUGUGAACAGGUCAGACUUGACCUCUGCACUGUUCACCGUGACCAUCAGCUCUGCCAGCGAUGUGGGGGAAUACAAGUGCAAAGCUGAGUGUAACAACUCCAGUGGUGGAAAAUACAGCAACAGCCUCAACUUCACCCUCAUAGAGCCAAUUUCCAAACCAGUGCUGAGCUCACCCACCUCUCAGGCAAAGAAAGGCCAGAACGUGACCCUGUCCUGUUUCUCGGAGAAUGGAUCCCUUCCCAUCACAUAUCUAUUCUUCAAAGGAAAACAAAACAUUUCUCCCCAAAAGACGGUGCAGAAGAAGGAAGCAGCUGUGAUUUUUCUAUUUAUCGACUCCCUUAGUGACUUUGGAACCUAUAAAUGCAAAGCUAAUAACAGUUUUCCCAAUAAUACAAAAUACAGCAACAGUUUCAACUUUACAUUAGCAGAAGAGAGAAGCCAUUCUCAACCCCUGCUAAUUUCUCUUGGGCUGAUCCUGCUACUACUCAUAAUAGGAUUUGCUCUGGCAAUUCCAUUUUUCAUAAUUCCUUUGUAUAAAGCAAUGAAUGCCGAGGAGUCUGAAAAUGAAGUCAUAUACUCAGAGAUUGGUAAGUUCCUGUCACUCCCUGCAGUCAGGCAGGUUUCUUCAGCUACUGCGAGAUCACUGGAAGGGGACACCUACUGA